AUGGCUGAGAUUAUCAGACCUGCACUUGGCCAGAAGGUCGCAAUCGGCACACUUUAUGAUGCACAGGUUGACCAAUUCCUUCCGUCUUCUAUCUUGCCCCCGAAUCUGCCACGAGGAAUUGUCUUGCGAGGCAUCCUCCCACCCGCCAACCAGCUCCAAAACUGGAUGUCUGAAGGUUCCGAUCAUGCGAGUCGGUUCAGAGCAAUGCGUGUUGAUGACAACCUCGCAGCAAGCAUUCUAUCUGGCUCAAUCGACCUCGAAAGAUCUGCCAACUUUCUGAAAGACAGCAUAGCGGGUGAGAAUACACUCUGCGGCGCAGUCCGUCAUUUCUUCAAUACAUAUGAAGAUGUUCUAGACAUAAAUAGGGGGGCGUAUAGAACUGGAGGGGCUCCAGCAAUGUUUCUCCCGCCAGAUCCUCGCAGCACCCAUGUGGUUACCAGUGUCAAAUGGGGACUUCAGAACAUUCUGACCAUGAAGCACCGUAUAUCAGAUCCAAGUCAAAAAGUAGCCCUGAAACUCGCAUUCCAGAGAGACUUGAUGGAGCUGAACACAAUUGUCAAUUCCAUUUACUCGCUCGACUUCAGCGAUGAUCAGGCAAGCCAGCGACUCGAGCUCGACUAUGAGUUCAAGCUCUAUACUGACAUCCAGAGGGAUCGUGGUAUUGGCAAAGAAACCCUGCCUGUCAUGUGCAGGUUUGUCCAGCUGGGCCCCCAGCAGAUUACACAUACUCCUGACGAAGCAGGAUACCCGUUGGAGUACACCUUGCAUCCCAUACAAGUCCUCCGCCAUCUCAUGCCCGGUGGGGGACCUCGCCAAGCCCUGAGAGCCAUCACCAACAUCGGCCCUGUCUUUACUCUUUUUGAUGAUUGGAAUGCUUGUACAGAGAAGCUUGAAGAGUAUAGACACUCGCUCGUGGGGCGGGAGCAAUAUCUUGCAAAGAGUCACAUCGACGAGGUCGAUGCAGCAAUUGUUUUGCUUGAGACAUCUCGGAAGGAUCUCCAGAUGACACUGCAGAGAACUGCAGCAGGUAUCAAAGAUGGCACGGUGCAUGAACAUCGUCUCGAGUGCCUACAUGCAGAUCACGAAUCGUCUGCCCGGCAGAUCUCUAUGAUCGCUGGUCAGCAAAGCGACAAGCUCAGAUUCGUCGAGCAAUGUCUCAACAGUGGAGCGACAUAUAUCGGUUUCAACGGGGCUUGCAUCAACGAACGCACUAUUUCUCAUGAUCCUCCCCCAUAUCAAUUCCUGUUCAAUAAUGCCGUGCUCAAGAGCUCAAGUUCAUGGAAUGAUCAAUGCACAGCUCUGAGGGAGUUCCUUCACAACCCCCUAAACCACAACCAGGUGUUUAUAGUCGACUGCGAUGCCCCUUCUGAGUACAGAGAGUUGGAAGCCCCGAUCUUUGGCCCAAUACGAACGAUUCCAAAGCCAGUGAUUGAAGUUUCGGAGUAUCGAGAGAGGUCAGCAGAACGAAGGCUUCCGAUCAGGCAAUCGGGGCACCAGCAAGUGCCACAGAGGUGUGUCGCUCGUUGCGAUCCGGACGAGAUGGAUUUUGAGACACAAAGACCAGCGGAGCUCCGUCCAGUCAGAAUCCCCUGUCCCGGAAGAUCUUGUGGCUCUCACUCGAGUUGCGAAUGGGCCUGCGUCAAUUGCGACACUCCUCUUGAGUUUGCGACAGUGACUGACCGCAUCUACUGCGAUUGUGGUUCAGCCACUUACGACUCAUGGGACUUCAAAUGCAAUAGCGAUAGGCACGGGCGCGGUUUUGAUCGAUAG